GUGGUGGUGUGGCGGCGGCGACGACGGGAGGCGGAGCUCGCGUCUUUUCGCGCGGAGUCGGGCUUCCGUUGCCAGCGGUGGGGGGAAAAGAAGAAGUUCCCGGGGGCCCGCCGGGCUUGGGUCGGGGUCGGGAGGGUCAAAGACUGGCGGGUGGGGAGGCUGGAGAAAGAAGAUGCUGCUCUUCGUGGAGGGUAUGGUACUAAAGCUACUCCUUGAUGCUAGAGAGACUCCAGAAGGCUAGACUCUGGAAAUUCAACUUCCUUAUUCUCUGGCCUGUGCUUCUCUGUGGCAAGAUGCAGGUAACAUCGAAAGGUGCCAGCUUAAAUCCUAAUGCAAAAGUAUGGCAGGAAAGCAUGCAGGGAAAUUCAGAAACUGCACCAGCAACUAAUGGCAGUGAGCAAUCAUGGCAAGAGACAGCAGCUGUGCCGGGAACUUGUACAGAGGGUAAUGCUGAGGUUGCAGAUGAUGGUGCUAAGCAGUAUGAAGCAAUGUAUUCAUCUUGUGAGCUGUCAAGAAACAGUUCAGGUGUUGAGGAAUCAGCUGCUAAUGGCAUGGUCUUGGCACAUGAGGAACUUGGAUACCAACUCUAUGACGUUUCUGGUGAAGGCAGCCCUGUAAUUUCUACAGAAGACCUGAAAGAAUGUUUGAAGAAACAACUAGAGUUCUGUUUCUCACGUGAGAAUCUAUCCAAGGAUCUUUACUUAAUGUCUCAAAUGGACAGUGAUCAAUUUAUUCCAAUAUGGACAAUCGCCAACAUGGAAGGAAUUAAGAAACUGACAACCAAUAUGGAUCUUAUUGUUGAAGUACUGAGAUCUUCUCCUAUAGUCCAAGUGGAUGAACGAGGAGAAAAGGUUAGGCCAAACCACAAGCGAUGUAUUAUUAUUCUUCGUGAGAUCCCUGAAACUACACCUGUAGAAGAGGUAAAGGCACUAUUUAAAAAUGAAAGCUGCCCCAAAGUGAUAAGUUGUGAGUUUGCUCACAAUAACAACUGGUACGUUACAUUCCAGUCAGAUACUGAUGCACAGCAGGCUUUUAAAUACUUACGGGAAGAAGUUAAAACCUUUCAGGGCAAGCCAAUAAUGGCCAGGAUAAAAGCCAUCAACACAUUUUUUGCAAAGAAUGGUUACCGGGUAGUGGAUUCAAGUGUGUAUGUUCAGCCUGUUCAAACACAAGCACAGUUUGCCUCACCACUGUUUAUGCAGCCUGUAUAUAGUCCUCAGCAGUACUCCAUCUACAGUAUUGUGCCUCAGACAUGGUCUCCAAACCCUGCACCUUAUUUUGAAACACCACUGGCUCCAUUUCCCAAUGGUGGAUUUGUGAAUGGCUUCAGUUCGCCAGGAUCAUACAAGACAAAUACUGCUGCAUUAAGUAUAGGUCGUCCAUUCCAUAGAAACCGUGUGAAGCCUCAUUUCCGGUUGUCAAGUAGCUCUGAACACUCAACAGACGUAACAUCCACAGUUAGUGCUGUGUCAGUAGGAGAUGGACAAUUGCACAGAGCCAGCUCAAGAAACUUCCAAACAGAACGGCAAGCGAAUACGUUAUCAGGACAUCAAGAUCAAAGUUAUUCACCGAAGGAUUCUCCCAUCACUCAGAUAGAACAAAAUGGUGAUUACGGCAUGGGCAGGGGCAGGAGGAACAUUUUCAGAGGUCGGAGGAGACGAGAAGAUGACAGACUUUCACGACCUCAGCCUUCAGUUGAAACCAAGACUUUGACACCAAAGUUUGACUUGCUAGCCUCGAAUUUCCCGCCCUUGCCUGGUAGCAUGAUAAAAACACCAGGAGACCCUGUCCUGGAGAGUAAGAUGUCAGACAUUGUUAAAGGCAUAAGCAAAGAAAAGGAAAACAAAGAGUUGACUGUCAGUUCUCCAGCAUCUGCUCAGGAAGAGCAGGGCCAAAGCACUGUUCAGCCUGUCAUGAGUGCUAGUUCUCCCUGUGGGAUUGAUGCUCCUGGAUUAAGUGCCACUCAGCCAGAUAAAAAGCUAGAAGAGGUCCAUGUGCAGAAAGAAGUUGCAAGCCAGACUUCCCCACCUUCAUCUGUAUGCCUCCUCAGUACUGUAAAAUCACCCAGGACAAACAACACGUCAUCCACAACCAGUGGAAACACAAUGCCUGCUGUGACGGUACAGGAACCUCGGAAACUCAGUUAUGCUGAAGUCUGCCAGAAACCUCCAAAAGAAAUCACUCCUGUUCCUGUCCAGCCACUUAGGGAGCUGCGUACCAAUGUAACUUCCCCUGCCAAAACGGAAGAAAACGGCACCCAUGAGAAAGCUGGAGAGAAGGUACAUGAAAAACCUGAAGGACGGGUGAAGGAUUUUGCUGUCUUCAGAGGCAAUGGGCCUCCUAAGGGAGCUGCUGGAAAAAUCAGGGAACAGAGGCGCCAAUGUGGACGUAGGUCUUCUCCUCAGGGAGCGCCUCGGCGUGUCGGCAAGGAACAGUACGUGCCACCGCGAUCACCAAAGGAAAACUGAUCAAACUUUUUAUUUAAUCAUAACUAUGGACUGAAGAGCAGUAGAAGAGAAACUGGCCAGCUGUGAGAAAUAAAAAUAUGGGAAAAGUGGACACUGAAUUCAAGAGCACAGGGUUUGCAACGUGAGAGAGAGCUUGAAAGGGUCCCAAAAUUCAUCUCAAAGUGAUAUAAAAUGCUGGAGGAAUUGAAUCAAUAUAAAUAUGAUAAAGAUUAUAAUUUUUGUAACUUUUUUGUUUUUAAUUUGCAGCGGGUUUCCUGCCUAAACUAGAUUCUCGUGUUAUAAAUUAGCUUAUUGAAGAUGAGGAACAAAUACACACACAUUAGCAUGUUCCUCACGUGUAAGAGGGGGCAAAAGAAUAUUUUUUUUGGAAAAAACAUUUCUGUAAAAGUUAUAAAUUACUUUUUAAAAUCUAUUUAAUGUAUGGCUUGUAAGAUGAUGUGUAUGCCAUUAAUGGCCUUGCAUUACAAAUCAGCCCCAAAACUGACAUGCUUGGUCAGUAUGAAUGAGUGUAGCCACAUACUUGUUAUGUCAUGAUUUAGUCACUGAUGAUAACUGAAUGUACUACUGUAGUUUUUGUGUUUUGGAAAUGUAGACUUUGACCUUACUAAUUUUGGUCAACUUUUAAAACUAUAUGAUUUUACUUUGGUGUAUACAAACAGCAAGGUUAGUAAACAAGAAAUAGUGGGCAAGGUUUUAAUUUGUUCUAGCUUUUCCUCUAAUUAGGGAUUGCAUUGUUUUAUUUUUCUUCCUGCUUUAGUAUUUUCGCUAAUCUUUAUUACAGAAUUAUGCACAUCCAGCUGGAAAGAGUGAUCCAGUACUGAUGAAGGGCUAAUACAGGAAAAGUGAAAUCUGAACAGUAAUCAUUAUCUUGAUACCACAUUUAAUCAACCUGGACUUUCAGCUCUCAAUAUGCUAAAUUUCUGUUUGAGGUCUGAGGUUGCUCUAAUACAUAGCCUGGCCUUUAUAGAGUGACUUGCAUUGUACUGAAAAAUCUUUUUCUACUCAAAGGCAUGUAAUACUAUACGGGAAAUCAAGUUCUGUUUAGUGGGAAGGCUCUUUUUUAAAAACGAGUCUGGUAACUAGGUUUCCUCAAUUAUUAGAACUGAUGGCCAUGGAAAUAAUUAAGUUAAUUGAAUAUUGGAGAGACUUUAGCAUAUUUUUAUGUUAAUUAGAUUAACAGCAUUGUGCAGCAAUCAGUCUGGUUUACAAGCUGGAACUGUAGUAAGUAAGAAAAGAAAUAGGAAAAUUGCAACAUGUUAAUCUGCCAAAAUCUGCAAGCUCUAGGGUUCAAGGUUCUGUAUUAAAGUGUUAGGGGGAAGUAUAUUGCAGCAAGAAAGUGUACCUGUUUCUUUAGUUUAAUAGCAAGUAUACAAAUCUAAAGUCAUUAGUUGUGAACACUGGAAAACUCAGUUGCGAGAUACCACCAUACAUCUUAGUUUGUGUAUGCUAGUGAUAACUUUAAAAUGUCAGUGGCAGAUAAAUAAUUAACUGUGAAAAUGUUCAUCUUCUGAUUUUCUUAGCCAGAUAACCCUUGGCAAUUUUUUACUCAGUAGGCAUUCUCUAUCAAUGGCUUUGAAAACACUCAUAUCUAUUUUUAUAAAUAUAUAAUGUGUGUGUAUAUGUGUGUAUACAUACACACACACACAUACACACAUGUAUGUCAGAUUUGUCAUUUCUCUAACUUAUUAUUCAGCUUGGCAAUCACUUUUUGAUUUGAUUGAAAAGUAUAUAUAUAUGUACUUAAGCAGUUGAUAUUCUUUUUCUACGCAUGUUAUUAAUCAUUACUAAUUUUAAACUACUUGUGCUGGGUUUGGCGGUCUUUAAAUUUACACAAAUCAUUUAUCACGUCUGUUACCAUACACAAACCCACUUUGAUUUGUUCAUAAUGCUAUUUUUUGAUGGACAUAACCCACAAAAGGUAAAAAAAAAAUAUUUAAAGUGUUAAGAAACUGCAAACAUAUGGAAGACUACUUCAAAAAUGUUAUUUUAAAAGAUCAUAAAUCUAAUUACUGCACUUAGAAUGGUGAAAUGUUGAACUGCUACAGUUAUACUUAGGGUAGACAUGCACUGUCUCAUUGCAAACUAAAUAUGUAUUUGAAUUCAUAAUAGCUGUUGGGAGUUCUAAAAAUGUGAUUGUUAUUCAGAAAGAAUGUAGUUCUUUGAGAAGAGGCUAGUGAAACUAAGUUACUUGGCAAUCUGAGUGUGAAAUCUUACCCUGUGUAUAUGUCCAUGUUUGGGUGGAAACUUGUAUUCAAAAGCAGAUCAACUUAAAAUAUAACUCUUUGCUUUAAUUGAUGUUGAAACAAAUAUAGCUCACAAUCCUUUUCUUGUGAGGCAAAACAAUUGACCAUUGAAAGGGGUAUGUAGUACAUCCUGGGUGUGGGUGGGUGUGCGUGCGCGCUGUUCCCACAGUGGGUUAUGGCUCUUGUGCAAUGUAUGUGUAAGUGUGUAAAAACAGCUUUUUCCAAUGUAAAAUUACUAGCCUAGGAGGGCUCACUAUAACUGAAGUAUUUGAUAACUAUCUAACAUAGCAUUCUCCUUAUGCUUCUCCCCCCCCCCCCCGCCCCAUCCUGUUACUAUAGAUCUCUAAGGGUGAACUCCAAUGUUGUGCAAGUAGAAGUCAGUUUGCGUGAUGAAAUUUCCUCCCCCUUGCAGCCUCCUGUACCCCCUCCCAAACCUGUGUAGCAGAUUUUGAGGGCAUGUGGGGAGCCGCAGUGAGGAUGGGGAAUCAUCCCCCUCCCUGUUCUGCUGGCAGAAGCUGUUCCAUCAGUGGGAUGCAUUAAUCGAAUUCUCCCCUAAACUUCUAGGUUUAGAGGGAAUAAAGAAAUAAAUCCAACUGCUAAAAAAGAGAACAAUUUAUGCAGUUAACUUUUCCUGCAGUUAUUGUAUGGCUAGAAACAUCUGGGCUAUCUAUUUCUCUUGUUCAUUCUCAGGCAGUGUCUUCAGUCUCCCAUCAGUCAUUCUUCCCAUUUUACUCUGGAAACAAGAGUGAAUAACAUCUUGGGAACUAGAUUCACUGUCAGGGCAAUUCUACUGUCUUACUGUAAGAAUGUGUAAUGUGGUAUUGCUUGUUUUCUGCAUAGCUUUGCAUUAUAAUGUUAACAGGCAAAUCAUCAUUCUUAGGUGCUGAUGGAAAGUUGAGGCAUUAAACAACUUGUAAUUCAUUGUCAUCUGUAUACUAGAAACAGCACUGGAUGAAUGUAAAAAAUAUACACCAGUAUAUCUUGUACUGGGAAAUGUAACCAAAACAAGCAUUUUCAUUGUAAAUAUUGGAUCAGUAGAGGUGAAGCUGAUGUGUUUCAUGCAUAAAACAUCAGUGUCAAAAAUGUUGACAAA